CAAUUUGACAUCGCUACCAAUAGUACAGUUUAGACAUUAUCCAAAUAUUGGAAUAAUAAUAAAUUAUCAGGAUGCAGUCCGUAGUAACGUUCGAGAAGCCAUUACCGCAUUUAAGUCUGCCGGAUUGGGAUGCUCGACUGUACGGCUUGCAGGUUACUGCAGACACCAGACGAGCUGACGCCUUUGAUCUACGCCACAGUGCUCAUCAACUCCGCAAUGAAACUAGGAUUAAAACGCAAUGGGAUAGUUACCACAACAACAAUCGUCUUAGAGCAAGGGUUUACGAAAUAGAACAGUGGAAAUCAACUCUUCAAGAGCUGCUGGAACGCAUAGAUAGAGAAAUGAGUGCGUUAAAAGAGGAGAAGGCUUCAACCGAAAGGGAAUUAGAACAACUGAACAUGCCACUUCUAGUAUGCUCUGAAUGUCUGUCCAAUAGAGAUGGAAGAAGGAGCACGGAAUUAACUUAUGACUUAGCUGACACUGAGUUGAAAAAGGAAUUGUGUGUCACGGAGAGCAACAAAAAAAUGCUCAUCGAUCGAUGUCAGUCAGCUUGGGAAAAGAUUAAUAAAUUAGAAGUAGUCAAGUUCAAAUUACAACUUGAUCUAAAUGAUAAAAACGAAGCUUUACUAAUUGAUAAAGAUAUGCUCAGUUUGGAUAAGGACUGUGCCAACAUUACUUAUAAAACUGAUUCCCUCAAAACUCCGAAUCGAAUGAUAACGUACGAACAAUGGUUAAACAAAUGUGAAUCAACAAAGAAGAUGGCGAUAGAUGAACUUCAAGACACGCUGCGUCUCAGGGAGAUGUUGUUUGUGGCCCGUGGUCGAGCGAGGAACGCGUUACGUGCACAGACAGACGUUACUAAUUACAUGAUGCGAAGACGCAUAUACGACACGCAGAGGGCACGUAAUGAAUUACAAUGGCAGAAAAUGAAGAUGGAAGAGAACAUGGACAAACUUGCAAGCGAAUUGAAAACAAUUGGCGAACAGUUUGCGGAUAAAGUUAACGCAUUAAAGGUUGCCGAAACCCGAUUAGAGACUCGAGGGUACAGACCGGGUAUAGAACUUGCAUCCGAUGAAGCCGACGUAGGACUGAAAGAAGAAGUCCGAAACUUAAGGGAAACGAUACGCCAGCUACAAGAGAAACAAGAUUGUGCAAAGGCAACAUACAACGCCCUGGAGGCGGCGUCUAUCAAGAUAGCAAUAGAUCUCAAUGAUAAGGAACAAUCUCUUGAGACGGACACGCAGGCUCUUGAAAUGAGGGCGGCCUUGGAACCCAAACGACCACAAGGAACUGACAAGAAUCUGAUCCUGGCUAGUAUGAAGGACGAAGUUCCAGUCGAUGUUAAUUAAUUGAAGUUUUUUGACGUCUAAUGUUUAUUUGCUAUUGGUUCUUAUUUUUCAAUAUUUUUUGAAAUUAGUUUUUUUAUUACUAUUGUGU